UCACAGCCAGAAGUCUUACGAGGCAGCCUGUCUGUUACUAAUCAAAACCAACUGGUGGGAGCCUUGCCCAGCUCAAAGAAACGGCAAGCGAAAGAAGAAUGAAGAAAAACAUCCACAGAGAAGAGGAAAAAGAACAGUUUUGCGAGAAGAGGAUGGGAGGAAGUUUCUAAAGCUGUGAGGAGAGAGCGUACAUUAGAGGAGGGUGGAGUGAAUAAAUGUGUAUCGUGUGCUUGGUGAGUCGUGAGACGGGGGAAGGGGCUCCUCGGAUGUGACUCAGACUCCCUGUCAAAACCAGGGGAGGGGACCAGAUGAGAAAAGGGAUAGAACGGAGGAGAGCAGGGGUGGAGUGGGGGAAAGAAAACCCGGCCCCUCUUACACCACCCCGACUCCUCAGCAUUCAGCGUCAGCAAAAACCCUAAUGUGAUCAAGAUGGAAGCUGUCUAUGGACUUCUCACUGCUUCCCGGCUUUCUGCCUGCCUUUGGGGUCUUCAGCGCCUGUCCAGCGGUUUGAAGAUACUGAGUGGAGUCAAGAAAAUGGCUUGCAGAAACGUAGAGUAAGGACUGCUCACAAAAUAAACAUUCAUACAUCCAGUCACUUGGAAGGAAUUGGAAUCAUAUUUCCCAAGCGUGGAUGGAUUGCUUUUGGUGUAUGAAUGAAAAAGCAGCUUGCAAAACUGCUCUGGAUACCUGGGCUCGAAGCAAAUACUGGAUCUUCUACCUUUGCAGCAGAUCUGGUUCUCCACUUUAACCUGACAUCAAGAGCAGCUCUAUGGGAUAGCACGGGCUGUCCACAAUGCCGGUAGCCAUACGGAAAAGAAGUUGGGAGGAGCAUGUGACUCACCCGUCAGGAUUACAGUACAGCUAUGAUGAUCUGGAUCUGGUCUGCUGUCAUGGGGUGGACAGUGAGGGGCUUUGGGUGGGCUCAGAUGCUUCCAAACAAGGUCGACGGACGAGGUGUGCUUCCAUGCCAGAGGGCUGCCACCAACUACCUACAGCUGACCUGGCUCAGACACUUGAGGGGACGGCUUCUGUUUUGAAGGAUGAUACUAAAUCAGAACACUUGGAGCUAAUGGAAAACCAUGGAAAAGUUCCACCAGAUUUGCAGCAAUCACUUCAUGGCUCUCACGAGUUGGUGGGUGCUGACAUUCCCCAAAGGCUUUCUAAAUCAGAGCGUCUCCCAACCACAAAUGCUGAGAAUUCUGGGGAGUUUUCCUCUAACUCAAACAAUGGUAUGUCUAGUGCAACUAUUUCUUGUGCAACUGAUGGCAGCUGUGAAAGUGAAAAAGCUAUCACUGAUGAAAGCGACAUUGACACAGAAAGUAGCCAGAGUCUCAACAUCUGCGAUGACGAUAAUGUCUUUAAAUGUCCACAUGUCUCUCGUGAAGAGCGACAAUACAUCUCUAUCUCUUCAGACAAUGGGCCUCCGUUGUCAGAAUCUGCUGGUGAACAGCCUGGCGAACUUCCAAAUCAUCAGGAAACAAAAGAGAGCCAUACAGAGGGUUACAGCAGACCUCCUGAAAUCUCUGAGGCCACACUAAGCCAGUCCGCUUCUGCUGAACUGGAACCUCAAACUGACCUCCCAGAUGUUGAAGAAAGGAAGAUUUCCACUUCUGAUCAAGCUGAUGCAAGUGUCUCAGUUGAUGUGCUGCACGGUUCAGCUACUGUGAUGGAGGAUGAUAAUGCUAUGUUACCGGCUAACAAAACUGUGGAACCAGUUGUGACUUCAGUGGUAGAUGGAGAAUAUAAUGAAGGAAUAACUCAAAACUGGAGCGCAGAGUCUGCUGACAAGCUGGAUGGAUUGAUUGAGGCAGAAACUCUAAAUGAAAAUACAGAACUUAAACAUCGCUCAAGAGACAUUCAAAGGGGAGACCAGGAUCAUCUUGACUGUAUUGGAGUAUGGGAUCAGGAUGAUGGUUGUGAAACAUCCUGCCAGACACUGAUGGACCAGCACAAUGUUGAAAUAACAGCAGUGAACAGGCCGCAGGGAGAGAAAAGUGCACAAGUAGAAAGCAGCGAGAAAGCAGCACAUGCCAGACAUGAACUUACUGAAUCAUCUGAUAUUUGUGUCAAAAGUCAGUGUUGCUCACAGACAGCAAACAGCAACGUGGCAAUUGAACAGCCAAAUGCUGGAUAUUCAGGAGGAAAUCCCACACAGACAAAUGCAAUUCAGUGUACAGAUGAGUAUAUGAAAAAUUCUGUGGGUCAGCGAAUGGAAAAUAUUGAUCAGAGCUUAGUACCCGCAGACUUGACUGUUUGUGAAGAUCCAGCUGUACCUCAUCAGACAGAAAACAGCUAUUCAAAACUGGACACUAUCCUAGAGGUCAGCCUUAUCGAGGCAGAUGACACCUCUCUACUGGAUCCUCUUAAGAAUACUGAUGUUAGUGUUUCUCAAAAUCCAGCUCUUCAGCACAUGGAUGAUAGACAUGAAGCUGCUGAACAACACACACAAAAUCCGCCACCAUGCUCUGCAGAGGUCAGCAGCAAACUCCAUGGUAACCAAGCCUCUGGUCAUUACUUCAGUGAGUCACCUGCCGGUGAGGUGGCAGAUGGUCACAGGGAACACCAGAGACCAGGAGCCACUGCCUCUAGAAUGGAGGAGGUGGAUGAGGACAUGCACUCGGUUGGUAACAGCAACACACAACCGUCCAGUUUGUUUUUAGAUGGAACAAAUGAGGCUGGAGAUCAAAAGGAUGACAACGUGGUCAAAGUUCGCAUGAGAAAGGACCUCAAAUGAACUUCAAUAGCAAAAUAAAUUGACACGGAGCCUACAAAUAAUUUUUGUCCCACACUCUGGCAAGUGUCUCGGAAAACGAUGACUUCACUCUCACAUGCUUACAGAACUGUGAGUGGGGGAUCUGUGAAAUGUUUCUCAACUGCUCAUUGCAAAACAAGGUCCUAUAAGGACAUGGAGACUAUGAAUGCAGAGGGGGUUAGAAGCUCAAGUGAUCUUUUGGAUGAAAUUGCUUCAACUGUUUUCUCUCACAAAUACUAUAUGUCGUUAUUUAGUGCUUGUUUGGUACAGUAAUAUGCCAAAAAUGUCAUGCAUUUUUGCUCAUUGGCGCACAGCAACUGUAUUCACUGCAGAAUUGUCUCUUUUAGAAUGACAAGAAAUCCACUAUUUAACGCAGUGCCCAUUAAGCAGGCAUGUUGUUUGGACAAGUACCAUAUUUGUGAGAAGUUAAAUUUUUGUGCUGCAUUGUAGUUGACGUUUAUUACCCAGUUGUAAACAGUGACUCUGAUAUGAUAAUUCCAUGCCUGAGUUGUAUUCAAAGUUUCUAUAAUUUUAUUAAACUAGUUAUAGAAAUGAACACUUUAACCCAUCUGUUUUUCAUUCAUCAGAAUAUUUAUUUGCAUUAAAUAAAUGGUUUGUAGCACUGUAAUACAGUUGCAAGCAGCUAUAAGAACUCGCGAUGUAUUUAUUAAUGUACCGUGUUUAACAGCAUCCCUGGAAAAGACAUAUAAUGUCAAUGCUUUGAUUGUCCAUGAACAAGCAGUCCUCCAUGUGUGGACAAAAAAAGUUAUAGUUGUUUGUUGAAAUGUCUGAAAUAAAUGAUGUAAAAACAAUAAGCUUACAAAAGUCUAACAUUUGCUCUGUUAGUCACUGUAAAUGUUUUACACUAUUCAUGAGCAUCAUUUUAGUGUUAAUUAAAUGGCCAUAUUCUCUAUCAUGUGACUGUACACUGCAUUAGUGAUGACGUGUGCUACAGUUUUUUUGAUAGUCACAUGUAAACUGUGUUUCCAUCUCCAAAUAUUUUCACUGCGGAAGCUUUGCAUGUUUAAAAUGGGCAGCCAUGUUGCAAAUACAGUCUAUCAAACCCUGCUCUAAUGAGAGAAUAUAAAAUCCUGUAGAAAUAUGUCAUAGCGUGAUGCUGUCCUCAUGUCUGUCCUCAAAAGCCUAGGGGUUGUGUAAUCCUAAAGAUUGUCAGUUAUUGUCAUUGCAUUAUUUCCACAUAAAUUGCACUGAAAACUU